GAGAGAGACUUCCCAAUAAAGAAAACAAAAACUGCCUCCUAAUUUUUAUGUGUCGCCGCAAAUGGGGCGGGCUGGCUGGCUGGCCGUCAUUGCUGACCGCUUCUUUCCCCUUUUCCACACACGCGGGCUCCCCCAUUUUUCGGGGUCUGUCCCAAUUUCAUUUGCGCCUCUAACUCCCGUUUCUACGCUAUAAUAUAUAGAUCCAGGAAGAUGGGAGGGUUUGCAUUUGUAUUGUUCUGCUUUUCUCCCUCUUGUGCGUUUUUGAGAGAAGGGGCUGUUUCUCGAGUCUCGCGUUUUCUCGGCGUGGUCUCUUCUCUCUUCUCUUGCACUUCUAAAAUGGCUGCCUCCAGAUGGAUCAGGCCUGAGGUAUAUCCUCUUUUUGCAGCUACUGGUGUAGCUGUUGGAAUUUGUGGCAUGCAACUUAUUCGAAAUAUCUGCACCAACCCUGAAGUGAGGGUUACCAAAGAGAACAGAACAGCAGGAGUGCUUGAGAACUUUGCAGAGGGUGAAAGAUAUGCAGAGCAUGGUCUGCGGAAGUAUGUUCGAAACAAGACCCCUCAGAUCAUGCCAUCCCUCAACAAUUUUUUCUCUGAUCCGAAAAUGUAAAACAAUUUCUGAGGUUUUUGUGCACCAUGUGAGGGGAUUGGCCAUUGCACGUACCAUUUGGCCACUGGAUCAGGUGUAAGGAAAGUGUAGGACCAGAUGUUUUUUGGAGGGAUAUUACAUUUAUUUCAUUUUGCAAGUUGCUGGUUAAUGUAUGAUUCUAACCUUAUCAAAUAAUAAAGUUAACAUUUUGCAAAUA